UUACCGUCCUCGUGCAGUCAUGUUACUGCCCAAUACAUGUCCCGUUACAACAACAAAACCAAAACCCAGGCAAAAAAAUUUAACAAUAAAAUAAUGAUAGCUUCUUCCACCUUCACUCUCCGGAACCUCCGCGUCUCACUCGCCGACCCCCACCGUAUACCCAAACCUCCACAGACCUCAUACGAACCUGGAUCCGAGCCUCAGCCUCGGAAGUUCAAGGCCAGCCCUCAGCUAAGCCGAUGGUCCCGGGCCCGGUCCUUGCGCUCCGGUCGGAAAUUCGACCGGACCGGCCAGCAGACCCAACUACUCGACCCAAACCCUCCUCCGCAGCUCAAAGAACGAGUCUUGCCGGAGCAAAAGGACACUUCUUUAACGGCGAGUGACGGCGAAGAUGACGUGGUCAUGACGGCCGGGAAGUCGAUUUAUAUGGUUUCCGACGGAACUGGGUGGACGGUGGAACACUCCGUCGGCGCAGCGUUGGGCCAGUUUGAGCAUUGCUUGGUCGAUCGGAAUUGCGCUGUGAAUACCCAUUUGUUUUCUGGGAUUGAUGAUGUGGGGCAGUUAAUGGAGAUUAUAAAGCAAGCAGCUAAAGAAGGAGCUAUGGUGGUGUACACAUUAGCUGACCCAUCAAUGGCUGAGUCUGCUAAACAAGCUUGUAAAAUUUGGGGCUUACCCAGCAUUGAUAUGUUAGGUCCAAUUACACAGUCAAUAGCUUCACAUCUAAAUGUGUCACCUUCUGGGGGUCCUAGGAGAUACCCUCUUACAGAUGAGUACUUUCAAAGGAUUGAAGCGAUUGAGUUUACGAUCAAGCAAGAUGAUGGGGCAUCGCCCCAGAACUUGCACAAGGCCGACAUUGUGCUUGCCGGAGUUUCGAGAACGGGGAAGACCCCGUUGUCGAUUUAUCUGUCACAGAAGGGGUACAAGGUGGCUAAUGUGCCUAUUGUGAUGGGGGUUCCUUUGCCAAAGACUCUUUUUGAGAUUGACCCCGAGAAAGUUUUUGGCUUGACUAUUAAUCCUCUGGUGUUGCAAACGAUUAGAAGGGCGAGGGCUAAGAGUUUGGGGUUCAGUGAAGGAGUGAGGAGUAACUACUCUGAGAUGGAUCAUGUUCGAGAGGAGCUUGAGUAUGCACGAAAGAUUCUUGCACAAAAUCCUGUCUGGCCAGUAAUUGAAGUGACAGGAAAAGCAAUAGAAGAAACUGCAGCUGUUGUAUUGAGGCUUUAUCAUGACCGGAAGAACAAGUGCUCAAUGCCAAGAAUAUCAAAACGUUAUUGAUAAGUUAUUCUGCUGGAGUAUGCAGAGUGGUAAAUAGUCAUCUCAUCUAGCCAAGAGCUGUCUGGAGAUUUGUUGUCAUAUUUUGAGGUCAAGAUUAUAGAUCAGGCAGACCUUUUUCGUUUGUCAUACUUAUAUACCCCUGAUGCAUGUAUAUAAACACACAUAUAUUGAAAUAUCGAAUGCUAGUCAUCAUAUUAAACUGUA